AUGGACGAUCAUUAUCAGUUCCAGGCGCUACCGUUUGGCCUCUCCACAGCACUGAGGAUCUUCAUCAAGGUGAUAGCGGAGAUGAUGGUUCUCCUCCGCAAACAGGGGGUGAACAUAAUUCCAUAUCUGGACGAUCUCCUGAUCAAGGCGUUGUCCAGGGUGAGGUUGUUGCGUUACAUCGCGCUCAGGAGGCACGGUUGGAUCCUAAACCUUCCAAAGUCUCAUCUGGAGCCGACAAAGAGGCUGUCUUUCCUGGGAAUGAUCCUCGACAUGGAAGUGCAGAGGGUAGAACAUCUGUCUAAUAUUAAAACAGAAGAUACAGAGGGAGAAGAAGAGACGUAUGUGACUGUUAUAAAAGAAGAAGAUAUAGACGGAGAAGAAGAGAUGUAUGUGACUGAUAUAAAGGCAGAAGAUAUAGAGGGAGAAGAGGAGACGUAUGUGACUGAUAUAAAGACAGAAGAUAUAGAGGGAGAAGAAGAGACAAAUGUGACCGAUAUAAAGACAGAAGAUAUAGAGGGAGAAGAAGAGACAAAUGUGACCGAUAUAAAGGCAGAAGAUAUAGAGGGAGAAGAAGAGACAUAUGUGACUGAUAUGAAGGAAGAAGAUACAGAGGGAGAAGAAGACACGUAUGUGAGGGGUAAUCAGCAGUGUAAGGAGGAGGAGAUCCCUACAGAUAUCAGCACAGAUGGACACACAAGCAGGAAUAUCUCAGAAGGACAUCUAAUGUUAUCCCUGGAUUGUGAAAUAAAAGAUGACAGUAGACCGGAUUCUCCAGGAGCUAACCCCAUUACCCCAAUUAUACAUCCAGCUCUAUCAGCUGAUCCCUCUGAUCCUGGGAAAUGUUCUCCUGAUCACUCUGAUAUUGGUGUAUCUGGUACAGCUCUGAGAGUAGAUACAGAGUUUCCAUGUGCUAUAGAUGCCAAAUGUUUUACACAGAACACAAAGCCUAUUAACCCACAGACCGGUAAGGCAGGUGAGAGGCCAUUUCUAUGUUCUGAGUGUGGGAAAUGUUUUGCAUACAAAUCAGUUCUUAUUAGACAUCAGAAAAGUCACACAGGUGAGAAGCCAUUUCCAUGUCCUGAGUGUGGGAAAUGUUUUGCACGGAAAUCAGAUCUUCCUAUACAUCACAGAAGUCACACAGAUGAGAAGCCAUUUCCAUGUUCUGAGUGUGGGAAAUGUUUCACACAGAAAUCAGUUCUUGUUACACAUCAGAGAAGUCACACAGGUGAGAAGCCAUUUCCAUGUUCUGAGUGUGGGAAAUGUUUUGCAUACAAAUUAGUUCUUAUUAGACAUCAGAGAAGUCACACAGGUGAGAAACCGUAUUCCUGUUCUGAGUGUGGGAAAUGUUUUUCAUCGAAAUCAGAUCUUGUUAGUCAUCAGAGAAUUCACACAGGUGAGAAGCCAUAUUCCUGUUCUGAGUGUGGUAAAUGUUUCGCACAGAAAUCAGCUCUUGUUUCACAUCAGAGAAGUCACACAGGUGAGAAGCCAUAUUCCUGUUCUGAGUGUGGGAAAUGUUUCGUACAGAAAUCAGCUCUUGUUACACAUCAGACAAGUCACACAGGUGAGAAGCCGUAUUCCUGUUCUGAGUGUGGGAAAUGUUUCGCACAGAAAUCAGCUCUUGUUACACAUCAGACAAGUCACACAGGUGAGAAACCGUAUUCCUGUUCUGAGUGUGGGAAAUGUUUCGCACAGAAAUCAGCUCUUGUUACACAUCAGACAAGUCACACAGGUGAGAAGCCGUAUUCCUGUUCUGAGUGUGGGAAAUGUUUUAUCCAGAAAUUACAUCUUAUUAAACAUGAGAUUAGUCACACAGGCGAGAAGCCAUUUUCUUGCUAUGAGUGUGGGAAAUGUUUUAUCCAGAAAUCACAUCUUAUUAAACAUGAGAGAAGUCACACAGGCGAGAAGCCAUUUUCUUGCUAUGAGUGUGGGAAAUGUUUUACCUGGAAAUCACAAUUUGUUACACAUCAGCGAAGUCACACAGGUGAGAGGCCAUUUCCAUGUUCUGAGUGUGGGAAAUGUUUUAUCCAGAAAUCACAUCUUAUUAAACAUGAGAGAAGUCACACACGCGAGAAGCCAUUUUCUUGCUAUGAGUGUGGGAAAUGUUUUAUCCAGAAAUCACAUCUUAUUAAACAUGAGAGAAGUCACACAGGCGAGAAGCCAUUUUCUUGCUAUGAGUGUGGGAAAUGUUUUACCUGGAAAUCACAACUUGUUACACAUCAGCGAAGUCACACAGGUGAGAGACCAUUUCCAUGUUCUGAGUGUGGGAAAUGUUUUGCACACAAAUCAGAUCUUAUUAAACAUGAGAGAAGUCACACAGGUGAGAAGCCAUUUUCUUGCUAUGAGUGUGGGAAAUGUUUUACCUGGAAAUCACAACUUGUUACACAUGAGCGAAGUCACACAGGUGAGAAGCCAUUUUUUGCUCAGAAUGUGGGAAAUGUUUUACACGGAAAUUAGAUCUUUUUACACAUCAGAGAAUACCAGAAAAGAAGAGGAAAAUACUCUCGUUUUUUGGGGCCACUCAUUGAAAAAUAUUGCAUAAAAUCUAACUUUUAUUAAUUACCAUUAAAAGCUGUUGCCACCAACCAGGACUGGGACAAAAACAUACACACACACAUACAAAAAUGACAAAACAAUAGAAAACAACAAAAAAAUGACAAAAAAAACCACACCUAGGUUUGCGUGUGGUAUGAACACGCCAUGGGGAGAUAUAACUAAUACAUAUGGAGGGAGAGAGCGCAUAAAGUUUUAUGAGAUUUUAUUACAAUUUAAAAAUCAUAAAAGGUUUUUCCUUAAUUACAAUGUUAUACAUGCAUAUAUUUUACUCAAAUGCUAAUAAAACCACUUAAUCUAUAUUCAUUAUGCCGCUAACACAUAUAAAUCAUUAAUCAUCCAUCAAUAUCAGAUCCGCUUAGUCCAUAGAUUUAAAUUUGGUGACAACUGCCACUCAAUAUCAAACACAAGUUCCAGAGUCUCUUUUGUGUUUACUCAAAUUGAUAUUUUGUAAUUAUGUCCCACACAUGAGAGAAUCACUCAUAGGAUUGAACUGUGGUAUUUAGAAUAAAU